UCAUCACCCUCCUCCUCAUCACCCUCCUCCUCCUCACCCUCCUCCUCAUUACCCUCCUCCUCAUUACUCUCCUCCUCACCCUCAUCCUUAUCACCCUCCUCCUCCUCACCCUCCUCAUCCUCCUCCUCACUCUCAUCCUCACCCUCAUCCUCCUCCUCACUCUCCUCCUCACCCUCAUCCUCACCCUCAUCCUCCUCCUCACCCUCAUCCUCCUCAUCACUCUCAUCAUCCUCCUCCUCAUCACCCUCCUCACCCUCAUCCUCACCCUCAUCAUCCUCCUCCUCCUCACCCUCAUCACCCUCCUCCUCAUCACCCUCCUCCUCAUCUCCCUCAUCACCCUCCUCCUCAUCACCCUCCUCCUUAUCACCCUCCUCCUCAUCUCCCUCAUCACCCUCCUCCCCCUCCUCCUCAUCACCCUCAUCACCCUCCUCCUCAUCACCCUCCUCCUCAUCUCCCUCAUCACCCUCC